CUGCAAAGGCCACGGCUUUUGUGGAGCGAUGGGUAACGAUGCUUCGUGGGUGAAUGUUGUUGAUGUGUGCAGAGGGUCCCUGGUUCGCGCCCGGGUCGGGGCGAGGGGAUGGACGUAAAGUUAAACUGUUACAUGUAGUAUAAUGGUGGAGGAUUGGCUGAUUUUGAGAGAUUUAGCCUAGUGGUGGAUUUAGUUGAUAUUGAGAUGACUGAAGCUCUGCUAUCUCUGCCUGGCUACCUCUGAAUAUGUCCGCUCUUCUCACAGCAACAACUGUUGCAACACGAGCAUGUAAAUAGCUCAAAAUAAAGAUUUCCUUACACACUAUAUUAUAAUGGAUCUAAUCAGUUGAUCAGUGCCAAAAAAUGCCUAUAGACCUUUGCCAAGUCAAUUAAAGUCCACCACCAUGUAGAAACUAAAGUGAUUAUGACACUGGCAGACAGCUCUCAAGACAACCUGAAGAGGCCAAUAAUAAGCUGUCUGACCCAGCCCAACCCAGACAGGCAUAAAACCAUUUGCACUGUUAACAUCAGAGAGAGAGAGAGAAAUGUGUCCAAAUGUGCCUAGUAAUUAGCCUCUUCUUCCUUUCUCACACUGCAGUUUUCCCUCCCUGCCCUCGGUAUCUCCUCCCCCAGCUCUCACACGCUGUCUCUCUCUCUCUCUCUCUCUCCCUGUUUUAUCUCUCUCCUCUCCCCCUCCCUUCUGUUUCCUGUGGAGGAAGAGACAGGCUAUGCUUGGCUAAGCACAGAGCCCACACUCCAUUUCUCAAAGGUUAAUGGAGCUGCCUCAUAAUGCUCACUAAUCAUCACCAGCUUUUCUGGAACGCUGGGGUUGUUGGUGUGGCUGAAUUUUCCCUGGAUUUGAUUGGUCAAUUCAGAAGACUGAAGCCCAGGCUGACAGUCUACCUUUCACGGAGGCCCAGCCGUGAGAGGACUGAGGAAGGCACGUGGCGAAUCAUGACCGCGGACAAAGACAAGCCAGACAGAGAGAAGGACAGGGACAGAGACCGAGACAGGGAGCGGGACAGAGAGAGGGACAGAGACCAGGACAAGAGGGACAAAGCGUCCAGGGAGAGCGAGAGCUCACGACCGCGCCGCAGCUGCACACUGGAGGGCGGCGCUAAGAACUACGCCGAGAGCGAGGACGAGGAUAACGAGAACGGUGGAGGGGCCGGGGGAGUAGGCGGGGUCAACACGGGGAUGGGGGAGGAGUCAGGGAAGAAGGGAAAGAAGAAGAUGAUCAAGAAGAAGUCGAGGUAUGAACGGAUGGAGAACGGAGAGAUCACUUCCUUCAUCACUGAAGACGACGUCGUUUACAGACCUGGCGAUUGUGUAUAUAUGGAGAGCCGCAGGCCCAACACCCCCUACUUCAUAUGUAGCAUUCAGGAUUUUAAACUGAGUAAACGAGACCAUCUGUUACUCAGUGUUAAAUGGUAUUACCGUCAGUCAGAGGUCCCUGACUCAGUCUACCAACACCUGGUGCAGGAUCGCAACAAUGAGAACGAUUCUGGCCGGGAGCUGGUCAUCACAGACCCAGUGGUCAGGGGCAGAGAACUCUUCAUCUCCGACUAUGUGGACACAUACCAUGCUGCUGCCCUUAGGGGGAAGUGUAACAUUGCCCAUUUCUCAGACAUCUUUGCUGCCAGGGAGUUCAAAGCUCGCAUCGACUCCUUUUUCUACAUCUUGGGAUACAACCCAGAGACCAGGCGACUAAACAGCACACAGGGGGAGAUCAGAGUGGGGCCCAGUCAUCAAGCCAAGCUUCCUGAGCUGCAGCCCUUCCCCUCAGACGCCCCGGGGGUCCUGGCUCAGGCUGUAACAGAGAAUGAGGAGCUAGUGUGGAUGCCAGGGGUCAACGACUGUGACCUGCUCAUGUACCUCAGGGCUGCAAGGAGCAUGGCUGCCUUCGCUGGGAUGUGUGACGGAGGUUCUACAGAAGACGGUUGCCUAGCGGCCUCGCGAGACGACACCACACUCAACGCACUCAACACGCUCCACGAGAGCCGUUACGAUGCAGGCAAGGCCCUACAGCGACUGGUGAAGAAGCCUGUUCCAAAACUCAUAGAAAAGUGCUGGUCAGAGGACGAAGUGAAGCGGUUCAUUAAAGGGCUCAGACAGUACGGCAAGAACUUCUUCAAGAUUCGGAAAGAGCUGCUACCCAACAAGGAAACGGGUGAGUUGAUAACCUUCUACUACUACUGGAAGAAGACUCCUGAAGCAGCGUCGUCCAGGGCCCACCGUAGACACCGUCGCCAGCCUGUGUUCCGACGCAUCAAGACACGUACCGCCUCCACCCCCGUCAACAUCCCGUCUAGACCCCCCUCCUCAGAGUUCUUAGACCUGAGUUCAGCCAGUGAAGAUGACUUGGACAGUGAAGACAGUGAGCAGGAGCUGAAGGGUUACGCCUGUCGACACUGUUUCACCACCACCUCUAAGGACUGGCACCACGGUGGCAGAGAGAACAUCUUGUUGUGUACAGACUGUCGUAUCCACUUUAAGAAGUACGGUGAGCUGCCUCCCAUCGAGAAGCCAGUGGACCCGCCCCCGUUUAUGUUCAAACCCGUCAAAGAGGAUGAGGAUGGACUCAGCGGCAAGCAUAGCAUGAAGACCCGACGCAACAGAGGAUCGAUGUCGACGCUCCGUAGUGGCCGUAAGAAGCAGACAGCCAGCCCUGAUGGACGAGUGUCUCCCACCAAUGAGGACCUCCGGUCUAGUGGCCGUACCUCCCCCUCCGCAGCCUCCACAGACAGCACUGACAGCAAGACAGACCCCAUGAAGAAACCCAGCAAGAAGAUCAAGGAGGAGUCUCCUAUGAAGUGUGCCAAACGCCAACGAGAGAAAGGAGGAGCCUCAGACACCGAGGACACGGACAACAGGACGAUCGCCAAAAAGUCCAAGACCCAGGAGCUGGGUCGGUCCGACUCGCCGUCGGAAUGCGAGGGAGAGGGCGAGAGCUCCGACGGGCGUAGCGUCAACGAGGAGUGUAGCAGUGACGCUAAAGACAUUGACCAGGACAACCGCAGCUCCUCGCCCUCCAUCCCCAGCCCCCGGGACGGGGAGAGUGACUCGGACUCCUCCGCCCAGCAACAGCUGCUUCUACUGCAGAGGAGGGAGAGAGAGAGGGAGGGACAGUCACAGCACCCUCCGGUUAUCCAGUCCUGUCAGCCAGGGACCUCUGGUGGUCGUUCCACCACCCCACCAUUACCUCCCACGUCCUCCUCAGCCCCCUCACUGGUCCCCCAGGUGUCCCCCUCUCCCUCCGCACCCCCCACUUCCCUUCCACUGCAGCUACCACCUCCCGUGCCCCAACAGGCCGGCCCCCUCUCUCUCAUCCAAUCAGGGGCGUCCAUCCACCCCCAGAGGCGGCCCUCUCCCUCGCCUCAUUCUCCGCUGCAGGGGAUGUCUCAGGCUCCACCCCCAGGACUACCAGGCUCCACCCAGUCGCUACCUAGCGCGCUCCACGGCCCACAGCCCCACCCAUCAUCCAUGCCCCACCCACUUCAGAUUGGCCCCUCCCACAUGCCCCACCCCCACUCCCUCCCCCCUCAAGGCUUCCCAUUGGGCCCCCAGUCUCAGGUCCCGCCCUCACCACUGCCUCUCGGGCAAUUGCAGCAGCCGCCCCACAGGGUCCACACGCCCCCCAGCCAAUCGUUGUCCCAGGGUGGCUCGUCCAAUCAGCUGCCCCGCGAGCAGCUCCUACCCCAUGCCCCCUCCAUGUCUAUGCCCCACAUCAAGCCCCCUCCCACCACCCCCAUCCCCCACAUGCCCAACCGCGACCCCCAGUCCCACAAACACGGGCCUCCACAUCUUUCGGCGCCCCCCUUCCCCCAGAUGCCCUCCAACCUGCCCCCUCCGCCCGCCCUCAAACCCCUCUCCUCCCUGUCCACCCACCACCCUCCCCCGGCCCACCCUCCUCCCCUCCAGCUCAUGCCCCAGGGCCCAGGCCAGCAGCUCCAGCCUCCACCAGCCCAGCCCCCUGUCCUCACCCAGUCCCAGAACCUCCCCCUUUCAGAGAGAGGCAGCCAGCACCAUCCUCCCCCUCCUCUACCUCUCUCCGGACCAUCGCAAUCCACUCACCCCAACACACCCCAACAGCCCCCGUUCCCUCCUCACCCCUUCAAACCUGUCCUGCCCCCCUCCUCCGCUGGCUGCCCUCCCUCGUCCUCGUCUCUACCACCAGGCCUCCAGCCUCCCUCCUCCUCCUCCUUCUCCAUGCCCCUCACCGCCUCAGCCGUUCCGCCUGUACACAUCAAAGAGGAACCUCUCGACGAAUCAGAGGAGCCCGAGAGCCCUCCACCCCCUCCGCGGAGCCCCUCCCCCGAGCCUACCGUCGUCAACACGCCCAGCCAUGCCAGCCAAUCAGCACGGUUCUACAAGCACCUGGACCGUGGCUACAACACGUGUGCUAGGACAGACUUCUAUUUCACUCCUCUGGCUGCUUCUAAACUGGCCAAGAAGAGAGAAGAAGCACUGGAGCGGGUUAAGAGGGAGGCCGAGCAGAAAGCCCGGGAGGACAAGGAGAGGGAGAGGGAGAAGGAACGAGAGAGGGAACGGGAAAGAGAGAAGGAACAGGAGAGAGCUGCGAAAGCCUCAAGUUCGUGUCAUGACGGCCGUAUGGUUGACCCCCAAAUGGGUGGCUCCGCCCACAUGCGUCCCCCCUUCGACGGCCCCCCUACCUCCAUCGCUGCGGUGCCCCCCUACAUCGGGCCCGACACGCCUGCCCUCCGCACCCUCAGCGAGUAUGCCCGCCCCCACGUCAUGUCCCCGACCAAUAGGAACCACCCCUUCUUCGUCUCCCUCAACCCCAACGACCCCCUGAUGGCCUAUCACAUGCCUGGCCUCUACAACGCCGACCCGGGCAUGCGGGAGCGCGAGCUGCGAGAGCGGGAGAUGAGGGAGAGAGAGAUGAGGGAGAGGGAGCUGAGAGAGAGGAUGAAGCCUGGGUUCGAACACAAACCCCCGGAACUAGAAGGCAUGCACCCCUCGGCUAACCCCAUGGAGCACUUCGCCCGACACGGCGCCAUCUCCUUACAAUCCAUGGCGGGACCGCACCCCUUCGCCUCCUUCCACCCGGGUCUCAACCCCCUGGAGAGAGAGCGUUUGGCUUUGGCCGCGGGACCCCAGCUCAGACCAGACAUGAGCUACCCGGAGCGGCUGGCGGCGGAGAGGCUGCACGCCGAGAGGAUGGCGGCGGUGACCAACGACCCUAUCGCCAGGCUUCAGAUGUUCAACAUCACGCCUCAUCACCACCAGCACUCCCACAUCCACUCACACCUGCACCUGCAUCAGCAGGACUCCCUGCACCAAGGCGGUGGUGAAUGUCUUGUGUGCCCUCCAGGUUCUGGGGGGCACCCCCUCGUAGACCCCCUGGCAGGAGGCCCCCACCUUGCCCGCUUCCCUUACCCGCACGGCGCAAUCCCCAACUCCCUCCUGGGACAGAAUCCACACGAACAUGAGAUGCUACGACACCCCGUCUUCGGUACUCCGUACCCCCGGGACAUUCCUCCCCAGAUGUCUGCAGCCCACCAGCUCCAGGCCAUGCAUGCCCAGUCUGCAGAGCUGCAGCGGCUAGCUAUGGAACAGCAGUGGCUGCACGGACAUCACCACAUGCACGGUGGCCCACUUCCUGGACAAGAGGAUUAUUACAGAUCAUGCAGACGAUUCAAGUGAUCUCGAGUUCCAGAAAUGGACUCCGUUUACAGAAAAACCUGAUGCCGCCUGAAGAAGGAAAGCGACAAGCAACUGUAACUGACCGAUGGGGACGCAGAGACACGCAGGAAGUUGCCUAGGACACAGGAAGUAGUUACAGAACAGUCAGUCAAUCAAAGGAACCCAACCUCUGCUCCUCCAAAAAAACACAAUUCUCCUUAAAAAAACAACAUAAGAAGAAGGGUUGUUCUAUCGUCUGUUUUCUUUCCCUGUCCGUUGGGGGGGGGCGAAUGUUUUUCUUCCCCCCCCCCCCCUAAAAACAUUGAGAAAGACUUUGUUUGGUGUAACUAUAGCGACGACGACGAACUCGAGACUGCAUGAAAACUCCUGUAAAACUCCCACAACGUGUUUUUCUUAGGUGGUAGAAACGCCAGAAACUUUGUCACUGUGCUAGUCGACGGAUAAAGACGAAGGAGUGAGUGAGCAACCUUGCAGAUAUUAUACGGAAAGAUCCAGAACAAAGUGCUAUCUUAUUUUAAUACAUCGUUGGAGGUUUUCAUCAUUUUUACGUAAAGCUGCAGCAUGGCGUUUUUUGAGUCUGUAAAUAGUAUAUCUAUAUAUAUAUACACAUACAUAUAUAUAUAUAUACAUAUAAUUAUUAUUAUUGUUACUAGGUGUGGACUCGGAACCAAGUCAUUUCUAAACCUCCAAUAUGUUAUUGUGUUCUGAAGCAUUAUUCCAUGUUUUAGCGGGGGGGGGGGGGCAGACGAUGUUUCCAGACACCGAUCAUUAUACACCCCUUAACAAGCACCUUAUUGGCUAACAGGAUGCCUGAACUCUGUGUUGUUGAGGUAAUGAUUUGACACUUGAAGAGGAGUCACUGAGGCAUCUAUGGAUCAGCAUACUCUCCUCUCCUGUCCUGUCCAGCCCUAUCCUGUCCUUUUCUGCCCUAUCCUGCCCUGUCCAGCCCUAUCCUGCCCAGUCCAGCCCUAUCCUGUCCUAUCCUGUCCUUUUCUGCCCUAUCCUGUCCAGCCCUAUCCAACCCUGUCCUUUCCUGUCCAGCCCUAUCCUGUCCUGUCCUAUCCUGUCCUGUCCAGCCCUAUCCUGUCCUUUUCUGCCCUAUCCUGUCCAGCCCUAUCCAACCCUGUCCUUUCCUGUCCAGCCCUAUCCUGUCCUAUCCUGUCCUGUCCUAUCCUGUCCUGCCCUCUCCUGCCCUGCCCUGUCCAGUCCUAUCCUCUCCUGCCCUGUCCUAUCCUGUCCUGCCCUCUCCUGCCCUGUCCAGCCCUAUCCUGCCCUAUCCUGCCCUAUCCUGUCCUUUCCUGCCCUAUCCUGUCCUAUCCUAUCCUGCCCUAUCCUGUCCUAUCCUGUCCUGCCCUCUCCUGCCCUGUCCAGCCCUAUCCUAUCCUGCCCUUUCCUGCCCUAUCCUGUCCUAUCCUGUCCUGCCCUCUCCAGCCCUAUCCUGCCCUAUCCUGUCCUAUCCUGUCCUGUCCUAUCUAGCCCUGUCCUAUCCUGUCCUGUCCUGCCUGUCCUUUCCUGCCAUGUCCUGCCCUGUCCUGCCUCUCCUGCCAUGUCCUGCCCUGUCCUGCCAUGUCCUGCCCUGUCCUGCCUCUCCUGCCAUGUCCUGCCCUGUCCUGCCAUGUCCUGCCUGUCCUGCCAUGUCCUGCCCUGUCCUGCCAUGUCCUGCCCUGUCCUGCCAUGUCCUGCCAUGUCCUGCCCUGUCCUGCCCUGUCCUAACCUGUCCUGUCCUGCCCUGUCCUAUCCUGUCCUGUCCUGCCUCUCCUGCCAUGUCGUGCCCUGUCCUGCCAUGUCGUGCCCUGUCCUGCCAUGUCCUAUCCUGUCCUGUCCUGCCCUGUCCUAUCCUGUCCUGCCCUGUCCUGCCAUGUCGUGCCAUGUCCUGCCAUGUCCUGCCAUGUCGUGCCCUGUCCUGCCAUGUCCUGCCAUGUCCUGCCCUGUCCUGUCCUGCCCUGUCCUAUCCUGUCCUGCCCUGUCCUAUCCUAUCCUGUCCUGUCCUAUCCUGUCCUGUCCUGCCCUGUAGUUUACAAGCCCCUGAUGCAGACACCAUCUAAAGCACUCAAAAGAAGACUGGAUUAAAUCCUUCAGCGCUUUCAAUUGGUUUUGACACUCGACUUCAGUAUUGACUCAACAAAAUUAAGAUAGUUUUUUUUAAGAUUAGGCAGAUAUUUAACCGGGUUUCACGUUUUAUUUUAAAAGGUUUUAAAUUAUCGUUAACAAAAAGUGUAUCUUUGUGUAUCUAAACUACGCGACAUGCCUUUUUAAAUGUGUUCUGACUGUGGGUGAGGGGAGUUGUACAAAAGUUGCUAGAGGUUACCAAAGGUGGUGGUUACGAUUAGUAUUUUCCUCCCUCGACCUGGUCAAGUGGUCCCGGCGUCCUCCCUCGACCUGGUCAAGUGGUCCCGGCGUCCUCCCUCGACCUGGUCAAGUGGUCCCGGUGUCCUCCCUCGACCUGGUCAAGUGGUCCCGGCGUCCUCCCUCGACCUGGUCAAGUGGUCCCGGCGUCCUCCCUCGACCUGGUCAAGUGGUCCCGGCGUCCUCCCUCGACCUGGUCAAGUGGUCCCGGCGUCCUCCCUCGACCUGGUCAAGUGGUCCCGGCGUCCUCCCUCGACCUGGUCAAGUGGUCCCGGCGUCCUCCCUCGACCUGGUCAAGUGGUCCCGCCGUCCUCCCUCGACCUGGUCAAGUGGUCCCGCCGUCCUCCCUCGACCUGGUCAAGUUGUCCUGACUGCUACAGUUGGAAACCUAUCAGAUCGUCCUCCAGAGCAGUGUGCUGCCAUAUUCACUGUGACACUAAAGGGCCUAGCUACAUGGGAGGUGGGUCCAGUGAUGGGACCAGACACUAAAGGGCCUAGCUACAUGGGAGGUGGGUCCAGUGAUGGGACCAGACACUAAAGGGCCUAGCUACAUGGGAGGUGGGUCCAGUGAUGGGACCAGACACUAAAGGGCCUAGCUACAUGGGAGGUGGGUCCAGUGAUGGUACCAGACACUAAAGGGCCUAGCCACAUGGGAGGUGGGUCCAGUGAUGGUACCAGACACUAAAGGGCCUAGCUACAUGGGAGGUGGGUCCAGUGAUGGUACCAGACACUAAAGGGGCCUAGCUACAUGGGAGGUGGGUCCGGUGAUGGGACCAGACACUAAAGGGGCCUAGCUACAUGGGAGGUGGGUCCAGUGAUGGGACCAGACACUAACGGGGCCUAGCUACAUGUGAGGUGGGUCCAGUGAUGGGACCAGACACUAACGGGGCCUAGCUACAUGGGAGGUGGGUCCAGUGAUGGUACCAGACACUAAAGGGGCCUAGCUACAUGGGAGGUGGGUCCAGUGAUGGGACCAGACACUAAAGGGCCUAGCUACAUGUGAGGUGGGUCCAGUGAUGGUACCAGACACUAAAGGGCCUAGCUACAUGGGAGGUGGGUCCAGUGAUGGUACCAGACACUAAGGGGCCUAGCCACAUGGGAGGUGGGUCCAGUGAUGGGACCAGACACUAAAGGGGCCUAGCUACAUGGGAGGUGGGUCCAGUGAUGGGACCAGACACUAAAGGGCCUAGCCACAUGGGAGGUGGGUCCAGACACUAGACAGUAAAGAUGUAAUGUCCAACCCCCAGCUGUCCUGUCAACCCACCUGUCCUGUCAACCCCCACCUGUCCCGUCAACCACACCUGUCCUGUCAACCCACCUGUCCUGUCAACCCCCACCUGUCCUGUCAACCCCCACCUGUCCUGUCAACCCCCACCUGUCCUGUCAACCCCCACCUGUCCCGUCAACCACACCUGUCCUGUCAACCCACCUGUCCUGUCAACCCCCACCUGUCCCGUCAACCACACCUGUCCUGUCAACCCACCUGUCCUGUCAACCCCCACCUGUCCUGUCAACCCCCACCUGUCCUGUCAACCCCCACCUGUCCUGUCAACCCCCACCUGUCCUGUCAACCCACUGCCUGUCCUGUGUUAGCCCAUGUUUGAGUUCCUUCUACUCCUCUCUGGUCCCAUCCAUGACCUCCGUUUGUCUUCUAUGCACCAUCACUCUUGUCCUUUACCCCUCUCCCCUUCCUCUUCCUCCUCCUCCAGCCUUUUAGUCCAUGCCUCUCUUCCUCCUCUUCCUCCUCCUCCAGCCUUUUAGUCCAUGCCUCUCUUCCUCCUCCUCCAGCCUUUUAGUCCAUCCCUCUCUUCCUCCUCCUCCUCCUCCAGCCUUUUAGUCCAUGCCUCUCUUCCUCCUCCUCCUCCUCCUCCUCCAGCCUUUUAGUCCAUGCCUCUCUUCCUCCUCCUCCUCCUCCUCCUCCAGCCUUUUAGUCCAUGCCUCUCUUCCUCCUCCUCCUCCUCCUUCUCCUCCAGCCUUUUAGUCCAUGCCUCUCUUCCUCCUCCUCCUCUUCCUCCUCCUCCAGCCUUUUAGUCCAUGCCUCUCUUCCUCCUCCUCCUCCUCCAGCCUUUUAGUCCAUGCCUCUCUUCCUCUCCUCCAAACCCUUGGAUGUUUAGUGUUGUCAAUGGUUUAGCUUCUCUUUCAAAGCGGAAAUAGCAGAAUGUCUAUACAUUCUGACCCGGCUAAGAUUUAUAUAUAAAACUGGUAUCUUGAAGCUUAUUGUAUAUAUUAGUAGUCAUCAUGGGGAUGACGACGCGACAAUGUAAACAAAAAGUAGAAAUAAUACGAAAAAUUGUGAUUCCUGUGUUCUCUCUCUCCAUUUGAGUAUUUUGUAUUUUUUUUUUCAAAAAUUUGUGGAAUUAAAAUAAACGACUAAGUUACACCACAA